CAAAAAAAACCAAACCAAACAGAAACAAAACAACCAAGCAAAGAACCUGGCUCCAGAGAGCAAGACGUUGCUUCAUUUGCUUAUAAAUGGAGAUUGUUUUGUUUUUUGUUUUGCUGUAGCCAGUCUGAAGAUUUUUCUGAGGCGCUGCCCUUGUGAAGACAUGCACUUGCAGUGUCUGCCUGAUGCCAGAUAAAACCCUUCCCAUAGGCAGGCACACAGUUGUGGUCUGUCAGCAAAACUUCUGUGUCAGUAAUUGGAAAAAUGCUAUUAAAAACAACCUGCCCAGUAAUCCCCACCUGCUUUGUCUUCCUCGCUCAGUGCAGUCUCAGUGCUGUUCCUCCCUGCAGAAGGACCAGCUCCUCUGUCGAGCCGCCCAGCUGUUAUUUCUGUGGCUCCACAGAGUGUUGUUUUGAGGGUGACAGCACGCUGCUGCCCCAAGGUGACCUUCUGUGACAAAAUUCAGGAUUAGAGCACAGGUGAAGCGUGUUUGUGAUGGGUGUUCAGAGCUGGAGCUCACCAUUCCUGCCCCAUGGAAUAAAACGUUUAACUCAAGUCUAGGUAGUGUGAAAGAACGCGUUUCUUUUUUCGAGUAACCAUGCCUGCAACCAGAAGCUGGAGCACUGGGGAGUGAUGGAAGCCUUGUGUAAAAAUGAUCAUAGCUCCGAUCUCGUCUGCAAUUCUUCUCACUCGACAUACAUACUGCAGUGCUUUUCUGUGAAUGGUUGUGGUUAGAAAGCACAAACAGAGCAUUUGAUGGUGAAGAAAGGGAAAGACUUUCCAGGAGGAUAAGUGGAACGAUAAAUUAUUGCAUUGAGUUUCUUGCGUUCAGUGUCUGUUCCUUUUUGCAGCAGAGAGAACAGCUGAACAAUUCUGUAUUUACAGGGGUGCAUGCACAUGGCAACUCGGCAACCAGCGAGCUUAGAAGGAAACACCACCUAAUGUCAGCUUGCAGAUUGGGUGGAUGCUCAAUCGCUCAGAGCUAAGAGAAAUUACUUCCAAAGGAUUGCUGCCUUGCCCUCCAUGGUAUCCGUGUUGUUUUGCUCUCCCAGGGGCUCGGAUGGCUCAGCCGCCUCCAGGCCCACGCUUUGUGCUCAGAGGUUCCAGUGCUGCUGUCCAUGCGCUGCGUUUCUCCUGCGGAGGUGAAGAACCUGCUGUCCCCAUUCUCUUCUCUGGGUCUGAGAAUGGGUUUAUCCAUGUCUGGAACCUGAAAACUCACAGAGUGGACGCGGCCCUGGAUGGCCAUGGAAGAAAAUCUGUCUUCUGGUUGGAAAAAAUGGAUGGUGAAGACAGGCUCCUGAGUCAAGGUCGUGACCAGAGGAUCUGCCUGUGGGAUUUAGCAGAGGGACGGACUGCAGUGACGGAUUCUGUCUUCACGGAGAAUGUGGGAUUCUGCAGAAGCUCUCUGUUGAAGGUGGCACAGGGACGCUGGCUGAUGGCCACGGCAGCCAAGGCCCUGGAGGAGGUUCAGGUUUUGGAGCUACCAUCCAAGACGUCAGUCUGUACCUUGAAGCCAGAGAUGGGUGCCAAGCUGGGCAUGCCCAUGUGUCUGAAGUUAUGGCAGGGCAGCUGUGGUUCACAACCGUCGCUUCUGGCCGGCUAUGAAGAUGGAUCGGUGCUCCUUUGGAAUUUGUCAACGGGAAAAGUGUUGAGCCAACUGAUUUGCCACCAGGAGCCGGUGAUGAGCCUUGACUUUGACUCAGAGAAGGCCAAAGGGAUCUCGGGCUCAUCCGAAAAGGUGCUUAGCAUCUGGAGCCUCAAUGAGCAACAGAACCUGCAGGUUCAGAAAACACACGGACUUGUCAAUGCUGGCAUAUCUGAUAUCACCAUCCGUCCAGACAAGAAGAUUUUAGCAACAGCAGGGUGGGAUCAUCGCAUCAGGAUCUUUGGCUGGAAAAAACUGAAGCCCUUAGCAGUGCUGGACUACCACACCGCAACUGUCCAUUCUGUGUCCUUCUCAGACCACAGCAGCCCCACUGACAGACUGCUGGCAGCUGGUGCAAAGGAUCACCGCAUCAGCAUCUGGUCCAUAUACACUCAGACGUGACAGUUUGCAUUGUCAUGCGCUGGGAAGUAGGAUCGAUGAAGCCAUUCCUUACACAGUACCUCAAACCUGGACCUGGUGAAGUAGUAGAACUUUUUUUCCAGGCAGAGGUGAGUGUCUGGAAAUUGCUAGAUUAAAAUUCUGUGCUGACUGUUCAUGUGGAAAGUUCCGUCUCCCAUGGAGGGGAGUUGACUUCUAAAACUUACAACAGGCAGAGCAAGGCCAGUCAUGAACAGUGACAGAGGACUGGCUGCUGAGUUCUGCUGCAGGUUUUGCAACAGCUUUUUCUGUGGCAUAUUGCUAAAAUACCUUGGGCCAAUUUCUGGAAAAAGAACUGGAAUUUCUCAGCCUUCUGUGGGAGCAGAAUGUCUCUGCUCGUAAGUCACUUGUGUAUCUAACAAUCUGUAUCAGUGUAAAAUACCUCUCUUCUGUGAGAACUUACACCCAUUAAACCAGCUCCAGUGGUUUUUCAUUGUCAGUUACUUUUUCUUCCCUGUAAGUGAAAGGCUAUCAGAGCAGCCUUGAUUUGUUCGCACUUCUGUCAGUUUCUAACUUAAACCAACAGCCAGGAAUGUGACUUGGGACGGCCUUUGGCAUUUAUGAAUUUCAUUAUGUCUCCCGUCACCUCAAGUCUCACAAUUAAUCACAAGAAGAAAAGGGGAAAAAUAACCUUCCCCUGCACUGCACUGCAAAGCUAUGUAAAGCCUUUUACAGAGCCAGUGCUAAAUCCUUUCCAUGGACUGACUAGCUGAAGGAUUUAAACUCAGCAAUCCAAUUAGCGCCUUCUCCUUGGAGAGUUAGGGUAAGUUUCAGCAUGGCAAGGCUGGGAUUCAGCUACACGACUCACAUUAACAUGUAGGGGAAUUUCAUGGAUAAAUCCUUACCCACACAGUGCAGAUGGAUCCAUUAACUUGUCAUCUCCAUGGUCACAGAAGCUGAAAUUCUUUCACGAAGGAGGGUUUUUCUGAGUGGUGAAGCAUUAGCAUUCUCUGACUGCACCAAGAAGAUCUCUGUGAACAGACUGUCCUGCUUUGGUCCCUUUGAAGUCACACAACUGCAGCUGUCCCACAGAAGCACUCAGCUGAUGCCAGGUUGUUGGGGACCUAAUUUCAGAGACUAAAGACUAUGGAACAGCUCCACAGACAGCAGUGCUCGUGUUGUGCAGGUUCUGCACCAGUGGUAUUUUGCUGUAAAUGUUUUUCUGCCUUGUUACAAGGUUAAUAGCAGAGAAAAUGUCACCAGAACUGUAGUGAACAGCAACAUCAAGAGAUUCCCAAAAUAAAAGCCUGAUGUUCUUGCUCUCACAGAAACAGCACCCUGUUCUACCAGCUUUUCUAAAGAAAAUUUGGUCUUGCACCUUUUGGAGUGUGACAGCACUUCAACAAUUCAUUUCUUUGAGUGUUUCUUUACUGUUAGGCAGCUGCACCAAUGAUCACACUGCAUUAAAAAAGGCAAAUCCUAAUUUUGAGUGAUCCUGAGUCAGAGGGUGGUGCUGGUGUUCAUUAC